GUCGCCGAGUCCUCCCGGGUGGUGUUGGCUGACCACCGUGAGCUGGAUUCCGUCAAGCCAGGCAGCACCGUGACCCUCAGGUGUCGCGUGGACGGCGGACCUGACCUCUACUAUACCUGGAAGAGGAACGGCGACUCGGUCUCGGGUCUCGACGGGGUCACGGUCUCCCGGCGGCGCCUCACGAUCGACCACUUCGACCCCACCGUCCACAACGGCGUCUACACCUGCUCGGCCUCCAUCUACAAGCCGGGGACGCCCCAGCACCACGACGGCGCCCGCCCCUCACACCUCACGGCCACCACCUCCGCCUUCCCGCUCGUCUCGCGAUCAAAGACCCGCGCCUUCCCUCGAUCGUGGACGUCCCUGAGUCCCUCGUGGUGGGGCCUGACCGCGGCGCCCUGCUCAAGUGCAGCUACGAGGAGGGGACGCUGACGGAGUGGUAUCUUCAGGACAGCGGCCCUCUCACGAACAGUUCCAGGCGCCUCGUGCUGGGCAACGGCAGCCUGCAGAUCCUGGCCGCCAGCAUGGGCGACGAGGGCGUGUACAAGUGCGUGGGCGUGCAUCCCGACCGCGUCGACUCUUCCUCGUACGCCGCCACACUCACCCUCGCUUACCUGGACGACAAGACGCCGCCCACGCUGGAACCCGGACCGAACAUCCGGGCGAGUCACGUGGUGGGCAAGGGCGGGCGCCUGCGGGUGAUCUGCCUGCCGCCGCCGGGGUUGCCGCGCCCCGAGGUGACGUGGGUGGCGCCGCAGCUGCAGAGGCUCCAGUCGUCGGGCUCCAUCCAGGUGGACGGCGCGGCGCUGGUGGUCGAGGACGCCACCGAGGACCACGCAGGGAACUACACCUGCAUCGUGUCCAACCUGGCCGGGAACGCGUCGCGGGCGCUCGAGCUCGUCGUCACGAGGAAACCCGAGGUGCAGAUGAUGACGUCAUCGAUCUCCGUUCUUGAAGAGGAGACGGGUCGACUCGAAUGCCGGAUGGACACGUCGCCGCCGCCUUACACGAACGUCUCCUGGACUCGGGACGGACACCCGGUAAGCGUGGACGACUACCGCGUGUCCCUGUCAGGCAUGGGCGAGGGCGUGAGUCAGGGCGUGUCUGUGUUGCGGAUCCGAUGGGCGCGCUUGGAGGACGCCGGUCUGUACGUGUGCGUCGUGACCACCGAAGGACACCCGCCCGUCCACACGAUGCCGGCCAAAUUCGGUGUUAUAGAGAGGCUGAAGUUCUCGCCUCGUCCUCUGGAUUCGCGAGUGGAGGUGGGCGGGAACGUGAGCAUCCCGUGCGAGGCCAGGGGCGAGGUCACCCCCGAAGUGACCUGGUAUCGGCCCAAUGCUACUAAGCUGGUGGAAGCGGCGAGUCGGGACAACAUCCAGGUGACGGACGGGACCCUGGAGGUGAUCGGGGCGGAGCUUCUCGACAGCGGGGUCUACGUGUGCAUGGCUUCGUCUCAGCAGGGUACGAUCAACGCCUCGAUCAACCUGGCUGUCAUAGAGAGCCCCGUGAUGGAGUGGGUGACGCACAGCCCCGUGCAGGUGGACAAGGGAGGCACGCUGGUGCUGGAGUGCCGCGCCAGGGGGACCCCCAGGCCCUCCAUCCACUGGGACUACAACCACACGCCCAACGCCUUCGACCCGGACAGGGUGGAGAUGCAUGGCAACGGCACGCUGCAGCUGUCGGGCGUACGACGUGAGGACGGCGGGGUGUACGGCUGCACGGCGGGCAAUAUGGGCGGGCUGGUGCGGGCGGAAAUCACAGUUAGUGUCUCAGGUGAAAGCAUCCAGCCUUUGGGCAGAACUGUGGGCGUGGCAGUCGGAGGGGCGGCCGCCUACAUAGCCCUGGUCGGCGCCAUGCUCAUCUACUGCCGGCAGCGCAGACUGAGGCUCAAGAACUCGCCUCCGCACACGCGAGGCGAGGGAAGCGAGGAGGCGCAGAGCCCCGAGGAGCAGGAGCGCCUGAUGUACACCGCCCGCCAGAGCGGCGUCCUCGACGGCGACAUCCGCGAGUUCGGGGCGGCGACGUCCAAGGCCGGCGCGCAGCUGGACCCCGCGUGCCAGGUGCAGCUGUCGCAGGUGUCGACGCACACGCUCGGCACCUCGACGCACCUCGGUCUCUCGCAGGCGUCGACGAAGACCAUCGGCGGCUCCUCGGUGUCGACGCAGCACUCGUCGCCGCAGCAGCCCAACUCGUCGCCCUCCGCCCAGAGCACCGCCCAGGCCGGCCCCAGCGACGCCAUGUACCCGCGCCACGAGGCCUCGAACCACGCGUCGGGCCAAGACAAGGGCAAGAUCCAGAGGGAGAACAUCCAGGUCCUUCUCACGCUCGGUCGCGGAGAAUUCGGCGAAGUCCAGCUGGCGCGGCUGAGGACUUCCCCUGAGGACUCGGACGGCGAGGACACCCCCCCUGACCCCGACAAGCUGGUCAUGGUGAAGGUGGUGAGCACGAGGGACGAGCAGCUCCUGGCCGAGGUGUGUCGCGAGGCCGCCAUGUUCAGCGGUCCUCCCCAUCCGCACCUGGUCUCCGCUCUCGGCCUCUGCACUUCCCACACGCCGCAUCUGCUCGUGACUCAGUACACCGAUUGGGGUGACCUGAAGCAAUUCCUGCUGGCCACGAGAAAGGAGUCCCCGCGUCCCCUGGGCAGCCUGCGUCCGCCGCCCUUGACCUACCAGCAGUGUCUCAGCUUAGCUUUGCAGGUCGCCGAGGCCCUGGAGUAUCUGAGCGGGAGGCGACACACCCACAAGGACAUCGCCGCGAGGAACUGCCUCAUCACCUCCAAGCUGCAGGUGAAGCUGGCUGCUCCGGCCCUCACCCGGGACGCCUACCAGGCCGAAUACUGCACCUACAGGAACCAGGUGCUGCCGGUGAGAUGGCUGGCUCCUGAGGCUCUUCUCGAGGACGAGUACAGCAUGAAGAGCUCCGUGUUCUCGUGGGCGUGGCUCGCGUGGGAGAUCCUCACGCAGGCGACUCUUCCACACUCGACCAUCACAGCAGCUUUAGCACGAACUGAUGUUAAACAAAUACGUCAGCUGAACCCACACCAACAGAAUAAAAAGCUCCCAGGCAGAGGUCUCCUUCACAGCCCUUACUAA